UGCGGAAUUUCCACCACGAAGCAUCUCCGCCUCUCUCCGAUCGUGAAGUACACCGCGCUUUCGUUGUUCGCCGAUCGCUUCCUUUUCUCUUUCCAGAGGUUAAUUGAAGAGAAUUACAAAGCAAGCUGGCUUCUGCAACCCAUGGAUGAGAGUAAUUUGCAGCUUUUUGCACUCAUCUCUAUAUGGAUUUCCAGCAAGAUGCAUGAUGUUUCUCCACUGUCUGUGAGGACAUUGAAGUCUUUGGCAGAUGUUAUGAUCAGUGAUCAACAUUUCACUGCAAGAGAUUUUAUUGAAGCAGAGAUGGUGUUUAUGAAGGUGCUGAGGUUUGAGAUAGGAGCAGCAAAUAUUGCAUUUUUUUUCCUUGAAGAAUUACUUUACCAGUUCAGGGAAAUAGCGAAGGUUGGGGAUUCUUUGAAACUCUCUGUUUGCAUGGACAUAAUGGAUCUUCUUUAUGAAGAUGAAGGGACUUCACUGCACCAUUAUUCUCCUCGUUCUCUGGCUGCAUCUAUCUUGAUAGCAGCAUAUGUGUUGACAAUCCCACGACAGCCAUGGGAGUUUCCUGUAUUCCCUUGGGUGAUGUCCAUGGAUGCCUACCAACUCGAAGACAUCGAGGAGCUCGUGCGUUUCAUCCUUCACCAUACGUUGAAGCCAUGUGAAGAUGCAGGCUUUUCGUAUGUCAAAGGCGAUCACCGUGAUUAAUCAGAAGCGCUUCUGAAGGGGCUGAUGAACCCUAAAGAUAACAGGCCUCGAAGGUCUGUUCUCUCCCUUCUUUUUCCCUUCAACAGGGACUUGGUGACAGUUCUGGAUGUACAGAAAGCCUUUGGACUAGAGGACCAGAGGUCAAGUUUCUCCAUAUUGUAGGUCUCAUUUAGAAGUCGAGAACUUCGAACGUCUCCGUGACUGGAGGUGA